ACAACAAAGUACAAUGUUCAAACUCUAAAAUGUUUGAAAGAAAUUUACUACUAAAAUAUUUAUCCUGUAAGGAUAAUUUCCUGUAUGUUAAUCCGAAUUUAAAAAUUUUAAAGCCAGGAACCUGUGUUCGACUAAUUGAUUAUGAAAACAACGUGUUCUAUUUUUCAAUUGCUAAUUUCUCUUCUGAACUAGAGGACAAUUGCAUAGGAAUAAGCUCUUUGCUUGCCAAAACUUUAAGAAUCGAAGAGAAUGUUUUGUUCAGGGUGACUGAAGUCAAUUCUUUUUCAUCAGUUAAGAGUCUUGCUAUUUUCCCUGUGAACCAAAACGAGUAUGAAGUAAUUGAAUCGUUAGCCGAUAAUAUCCAGCAAACAUUACUAAAUCAAAUACGAGUGGUAUGUAGUGGUCAAUGUUUUGUCAUUUGGAUAGGAAACAAUAUAAAUGCUACAGUGAGUGUUGGUAAUAUAAACCCAGUGUCUCCAGGAGCUAUUGAUUUUCUAACUGAAGUGCAUAUAGAACCAAUUACAAAUCAUAAUUUAACAACAAAAUCUUUAGAAAAAGGGGAACAAAAUACUAGUAACGAAUGUAAAUUUUGGAAUAUUUUCAGUAAUAAUUUACCUAAUGCAGAUAGUAAGAAACUUGAGCAAUUUACAGAUUGCUCUGAAUUAAUUUUUAGAGUAAUUCCUUUCGAUAAAUUACCAAUUAAUCAAGCUUUAUUUAAUUCUGUUCCUCCUUUUACCGUAUUUUUAUCAAAGGCACAAUUUCCCGAAGAAUCUAAAUGGGAUUUGGUUUCCACAAUAUUUUCUGUGCGUCUUUUAACCAGUGAUAUAUUUGCCAAAGACAUUUACAUAAAAUUAAUGUAUUUAGAAGAUAUCGAACAUUCAAAUCUAGCGCUACAUCGAGAAUUGUAUGUUUCUCAAGAUUUACUCGACUUAUUAGAUUGUGAUUUAGGUUCGAGGGUUAUUAUAAAACCAGUAAAAACAUAUCCCAUCGUCAGUGAGAUAGAAAUCAGCUGUAAUAAGAAUUACAAUACUGAUGUACUGGAAACAUUUAAAAUGUUCCUUGCUAAUGAUAAUUACAGUAUGGUCCUAAAUAGCAAUAUACCAAUCGAUAUUGGAGAAAAAGUAAUAUGCAGUUUAAAAUUUCUCCCAAAUGAGUCGAAAUUUUGUGCUGUUGAUGACAAUCUAGUCAGAAAUUGUAAAUAUACUUUAAAAAUCGAUAAUAUUGUUAAAACUAGCAAGAAAGAAAAGAGUAGUAAUGAUGAUUCAUUCAUUCAUGGUAUUUCGAAUUUAAAGCAACUUAUCGAAAGUAGUACUGAGUUGUUUUCUAAUAGAUACGAAGAUAUGGAAAAUAUAUUAAUUAUUGGAAAACCUGGUACAGGAAAAUCAACACUUCUUAAGCACCUUGCUAAGACAUUACAAGACUAUCCUUAUUUUAACUACGUAAAGCUAGUUAGUUGCAAAACAUUGAAAGGAAAAACAAUGGACUCGCUAGGGAAAUUCUUUUCACAAGCUUUUUCUGAUCUUCUGGUGCACGAGCCUUCUGUAUUAGUUUUAGAUGAUUUGCAUAUCAUGUGUGAGAACAUUCAAGGAGACGAGGCUUCUCCUAACUACAUAUAUUUUAGCAGGAUCAGUGAAAUGCUCCAUACAUUUUUCAAAUCGUUUUCACCAUUGCACAAAAUUGGUAUCCUGGCAUCGUGUGAAUCAGUAGAAAGUUUGAACAAAAAUAUAUAUUCGUCGCGGGGAAGUCACUUAUUCAAAAAUAUCGAAGAAAUAAAGGAUUUAACAAAACAAGAUAGACUGCUUACUUUGAAACAUUUGCUUAGAAAUUAUGAGAUAAUAGACGUUAAUUUCAACGAUUUUUCCAUUAAAACCGAGGGAUUUGUUAUUCAAGAUUUAGUAGAUUUUUCUAAUAAAACGAUAUUUGAAAUGUACAAAAAUGACUGCGAAGAUCUCAAUCGCGCUUGUAUCAAACAGGAACAUUUAGAAAGUGCACUUAAAAAUACAUCAAUCAUUUCAUUACAAAACGUGCAGCUACACUCACCAGGAGACAAAGACUUCUCGAGCAUCGGGGGCCUCCAUAGCAUCAAGAAAAUUUUGAUGGAAAACCUCCUUUGGCCAGGACAUUACCCCAAUAUUUUCGCUAAUGCCCCCAUCAGAUUACAAUCAGGUUUGCUGCUCUACGGCCCACCAGGCUCUGGGAAAACCCUUCUAGCUGGUGCAGCUGCAAAGGAAUGCGGAAUGAGACUAAUAUCUGUGAAAGGACCGGAAUUGCUAUCCAAAUACAUUGGUGCUAGUGAACAGUCUGUUAGAGACAUAUUCCAAAAGGCGCAGAGUGCGAGGCCUUGUAUUUUAUUCUUCGACGAAUUCGACAGCUUAGCUCCAAAACGCGGACAUGACAAUACGGGUGUAACAGAUCGCGUUGUUAAUCAAUUAUUAACGCAAUUGGACGGUGUUGAAGCUUUGGUAGGCGUUUGUGUUUUAGCAGCUACUUCUAGACCGGAUCUUUUGGAUUCCGCUUUGCUUAGACCGGGCAGAUUGGACAAACAGAUUCUGUGCGCUUUGCCUAACGAAGCCGAACGAUUGGAAAUUUUAAAGAUUCAUUCGUGCAAUUUAAGUCUAGAUGACGAUGUAGAUUUGAGUAAAAUCUCCGUUGCAACUGAAAAUUAUUCAGGAGCUGAUUUACAAUCGAUGCUUUAUACCGCUCAUAUGUUGACGAUGGAUUAUUCCUAUGAAAAUGAUAAGGUUGAAAUAGGGGAUUGCAAAAUAACUCAAAAUCAUCUGGAAGAGGCUUUAAAGAAGACUAAGCCUUCUUUGUCUCAUAAAGAGCGGGUUAAAUAUGAAAAAAUAUACAAGCAAUUCCAAACGGGCUCUACAUUAGGAGAAUUCAAAGCGGGUAGUAAAGCUACUUUAGCUUGAAAUAUGUUUGUAAUUGACAAAAGAUGAUUUUAUUUUAAUAAAUUUUCU